AUGUUACAUUUACUUCAUCAUCAGCAACAUCAGCAGCAGCAGGAAUUAAUGUCACAUCAUUUAUUACUCGAUCCGGUUCCACCAAUUCCACCUCGCACUCAUUCACGUCCAUCAUCAAGACAACAUACACAGUCUAUUUUAGUAUCUACUAAUCAUCAAACUAAUAAUAAAAAUAACAGUAGUGUUUUUCGACUUGAUGAUCUACCAGCACCCGAUCGCGAAUGGCAAUUACUCGAGAAUAUCGGUGAUGGUACCUAUGGUGAAGUAUUUCGUGCGAAGAAUGUACGUAAUCCAGAUUUUAAUGCUGCUGUCAAAAUUAUGCAUCCAACGAAUGAAGUUCUUGAAGAAAUCGAACAAGAACACCGUGUUCUUCUCGAACUGUCAAAUCAUGAAAAUCUUUGUCGUUUUUAUGGGGCAUAUCUGAAACGUGCGCCACAUCCUCCUUUGCCACCGCCGCGAAAUCCCAUUAUGCCACCAUCCAUUCCAGUCGAUACAACUAGUCUGCUAUCUAUUGAGACAAAUUCUAUCGCUAGUCUUGCGAGUCCUCAAUCAGCGUGUCAAGCAUUGCCACUCGAUCAACUCUGGUUAGUUAUGGAGUUGUGUACGGGAGGUAGUGUCACUGAUUUAGCUAAAGCAACACUGAAAGUAAAUCAACGUUUGGACGAAUCGAUUAUUGCUUACAUCAUACGUGAAACAUUAAAAGCUUUGUAUCAUCUACACUCGAAUAAUGUUGUUCAUCGUGAUGUCAAAGGUCAUAAUAUCUUAAUAACUGGCGAUGGACAUAUCAAAUUGAUCGAUUUUGGUGUCAGUGCAUAUUUGAAUCCAAACAAUGGCCGACGAAAUACUUCUGUCGGCACGCCAUUUUUCAUGGCGCCUGAAGUUAUCGCCUGUGAGAGACAAAUGGACUAUGAUUACGAUACACGUGCUGAUGUUUGGUCAACUGGAAUUACAGCAAUCGAAAUCGCUGAGGGUGAACCUCCAUUAGCUGAUAUGCAUCCAAUGCGUGCAUUGGUAUCGAUUCCUCGGAAUCCGCCUCCAACUUUACGUCAACCACAGGACUGGUCGAAAGAUUUCAAUGAUUUCAUUCGUCAAUGUUUGAUUAAAGACUUCGAGACAAGACCUACAGUUGCUCAAAUGUUAAGUCAUUCAUUUAUAACACACAUACCUACCGACGGAAACGAAGCUCGUCGACGCAUCGUACAAAUUGUUCAUCGAUACAAACAUUGCUAUGAUUUAUCCGGAAACAAAUCUCGUGAGACUUGUGGAGUGAAGAAUGGUCGCAUUCGAGGCAAAUCUGAAACAUGCUCAUCAACAGCGGUCGAUGUGACAAAAGCACCUAACUCAUCAGCCGCCGAACAAUUAGUUCCACCACCAAAACGAUUCAUACAAGUCAUUGGAAAACCGUACAAUCCACCACAUCAAAUUGCAGAUAAUCAAAAACGUCCAGCACCACCUCCUCCACUUUUACCAAUGGCACCAUCUCAGCAACCAUCGGCGGUGGCAAAUGGACACUAUCAAAAUCAUUGCUUUAGUGAUGCAAAUAAUCUAAUUCAACAGCAGACAAACGUUUAUAAAACAAAACGAAAAUCUCAAGUGAAACAAGAACAACAACCGUCCAUAGAUGCACGAAAUCCAAAUUCUCCAAAUCUCCCGAACAAAUCGAUUCCGCCAAUAAAUGAUAACAUUCCUGUUUGCCAUCCUUCUCCAUCGAAAAAACUCGACAAUACCAAUUUCUACAAUUCGACAUACGACUCAACAUAUCCUGCAAAUUCAUCCGACAAAUCCAACAAUCUCCCAUCGACACAUCGAGCUGCGGCCUUCUCAACCGAUGAUCUUGCACAGUUAGAAACAUUUGAUGAACAAUCCAUCAUCACCUACAUGUACGAUCGCUUCUUAGCUAAUCAAAUCUACACAUACAUCGGUGAUAUUCUUGUCGCUGUCAAUCCGUUUCGUUCAUUACCAUUUUACGGUAAAGAUGUCAUGCUUCGUUAUCGUUCCAGUGUGAAAAGUGAACAACCACCUCACAUCUACGCGUUAGCUGAUUUUACCUAUCAAGCAAUGCUACACGAUUUAGAAAACCAAUAUAUCGUUAUAUCAGGCGAAAGUGGUUCGGGUAAAACUCAAUCGGCAAAUUUCCUUGUUAAACAAUUAACUUUUCUUGGUAAUGCACCCAACAAAAGUCUACAGGAAAAAAUUCUUCAAAUUAAUCCUUUGAUCGAGGGUUUUGGCAAUGCUCGAACAAUCAUCAAUGACAACUCGUCACGAUUUGGUAAAUAUCUGGAAAUGUUAUUUACCAAGCAAGGACGUGUGACGGGCGCACGUUUAUGCGAAUAUCUGUUAGAGAAAACUCGUGUGGUUAACCAAGGGCAUUCGGAGAGGAAUUUUCAUAUCUUUUAUUAUUUAUUCCAUGGUUUAGCAUCUUCAACUCCUAACGAUGAAAAAGCGUUUUAUCUUUCAACAAAUCAAACGUACCAAUACUUAACAACCGGCUUACAAGACAAUCAAGAUCUAUCAGACAGUUUCAAAUCAAAAUUCGCGACAAUUGAAAAAUGCUUUGAAAUCAUUGGUUUCCAAUCGGAUGAAGUCAAAUCGAUCUAUCGAAUCCUAGCUGGUCUCCUACAUUUAGGUAACAUCAAUUUCCAUCAAAAUGAAGGACACUUCAUCGACGGAAAGACAUGUUUAUCCGAUCGAUAUUUACUCGAGAUUGUUUGUGAACUAUUCGGGAUUGACAUAACUGAGUUCGACAUUGCAUUAACCACUUGUAAUAUUGUUACACGAGGUGAAACAAUCCAACGCUCAACAACCUUGCAAGAAUCCCAAUCAACUCGCGAUGCAAUGGCAAAAGCUCUUUACAACCGUCUAUUUUCUUGGAUUGUUAAUCGAAUAUCUGCCUUACUCGCUCCAACUGCUGAUACUACCAAUCCUUCAUUUGAUGAUGAUUCGAGCAUUCACUCAAAUCACAAUUACAAUACGAACAACAAUAACAAUCAAGAGGAAGAAGAACAUGAAGAACAAGAAGAAGAAGAAGAAGAAACUCAGCAUUCCAGUCCUCUUCUCAUUACAUCGUAUCCUCCACCAACGCUAAUGUUUGCUAUGAAACGCACGUUUGAUUACCUUGAUACCACUGGUUCAUCUGCCUAUUUACUGCAAACGAUGAGCCACGACGACGACGAUGGUGAUGACGAUGAUGACGAUGAUCUUUUGAAUAUGAAUAAUAACAACAACAACAGUACAAGUAGUACACCGAUGCCCUCGAAUAAUUCUCAUACAACGAACUUAAUCAAUGAUUUAAAUCAUAAGACGAAAAAUACUUCGUCAGCGAAUGAGAAACCCAUUCGGAAUUUGAUUGAAAACUGGACUAAAGUUGUUGCUGCAUCUUCAUCAACGAAUUGCGUGAAAGUGGUCGAACAAAAGUCCAACAAAAUCAUUCAAGCUCAUCAUUCUCGAUUCAAUCUCUCUAAUCGCGCGACAAGCGAGACGAAUUUAGCAUUAAGAAAGAAAACUGUUGAGAACAAUGUGAAGAAACACUAUCAAUCAUCGAAUAAUCUCUCGAUUAAUUCAAAGCAAUCCUCGUCUCCACGAUUAUUACAUGUUUUACCAUCAAUUAAACAAGAAUCUUUGCCAUUAGAGACAUUGAGCUCGUCAAUGCACUCGACAAAUCCAAAUUUCAACAGACAACACCAGCAAAACAACGAUGCUGAUGCAUUGAAGAUUGCAAUUUUAGAUAUAUUCGGUUUUGAAAACUUCUCAACGAAUACAUUCGAACAAUUGUGCAUUAACAUCGCCAAUGAACAAAUUCAAUAUUAUUUCAAUCAACAUGUCUUCGCAUGCGAAAGACAGGAAUACAUCAAUGAAAACCUCAGUGUUCUCCCAUUACCAGCUAAGAUGGAUUUCACCUUUUAUGACAAUCGACCAUUGUUGGACAUGUUUCUAAACAAACCAGUCGGAAUCUUGGCAUUGAUCGACGAGGAGAGUCGUUUUCCAAAGGCAACUGAUUAUACAUUGGUUGACAAACUAAAUGCGAAUUUUUCCAAUUCACCGUUAUAUAUUCGCUCGAAAUCGAAUUUUUCCUCAAGUUCACAAUAUUCUCUCUCAUCCUCAUCAUCAACUCUGCAAUCAAUUCCAUUAUUUUCAAUUAUACAUUUCGCUGGUCAAGUUCAAUACGACGCUCGUGGUUUUCUCGAAAAAAAUCGCGAUUAUCUAGCACCAGAAAUCAUCCAAGUUCUCCGCGCAUCUCACGUCCAAUUAGUCAGUUCAUUAUUUCAAUAUUCCUUAACCAAAACCGGUACAUUACCAGAUAAUGACAAUCAACGAUACACUUCAUCAUUGAAUGAAAACAAUCCGACGAAUAAUUUCGAUAUCAACAAUACAUUGAUGCCUUUGAAUGCCAGCCAUAAUCGUGUGCAAGCAACAGUUAGUACAUAUUUUCGUUAUUCGUUAACCGAUCUCUUCUCCAAAAUGGUACACGGUUCGCCGAGAUUUGUUCGUUGUUUUAAACCGAACAAUGAACGUAUGCCAGGCUGUUUCAAUACUCAAACUGUUCUUGAGCAACUGAAAUACAGUGGAAUUCUAGCUGCGGCGAAAAUUCGUCGAUAUGGAUUCUCACAUCGAAUACCAUUCGCAAACUUUAUUCAACGCUACGCAAUUCUUGCGUAUUCAACGACCAUGGAUUUACCUUUAACGCGAGAAACAUGUGAAAACAUUUUACAUAAACUAAAAAUGCAAAACUGGACGACGGGUAAAAGUAAAGUGUUUUUGAAAUAUUAUCAUGCCGAACAAUUGUCUCGACUAUAUACGGAUAUGAUGCGUGCUGUUGUUACUAUUCAAUCCUAUGUUCGGAUGCAUUUGGUUCGUUCACGUCUAAAACAACGACAAUACAAACACUCGAAUGAUAUGAUCAUUCAAGAACUUCAUCGGCAUCCAAAAUUUUCACGAUCGACUGUCGAUGAUGAACAAUUAAAGAGAGACAAAGCGAUUGUUUUCAUUCAAUCAUGUGUUCGCGGUUAUUUACAGCGGAAUCGUUGCAAACGAAUGAAUAGAAACAAACUUAAACCGACGAACGCAUACGAGUCAGCAGCGAUUGCUAUUCAAAAAUAUUAUCGUGGUUUUAUUGUACGAAAAGCUUACUCUCUAUAUCGACAACGACUUCAAACUCAAAUUCUUUGCUUUUUACAACAAGUCGAAUUGAUAAGCAAUGAUUUCUUCACGCGCAUUGUCAAAACAAACUACUGUGUGCCAACAAAAUCUAUGGAAUCUUCGCUAAUCAAUCAAUGUAAUUAUAAUAAAUAUAUGCAAAAGUUUCCUCAAUAUUUGUUUCCUCCACCUCCUCCGUUACCACUACCAUCAUCAUUUGCAAUGUUCUCGCCGCCAUUGCCGCCGCCGGAUGCACCAACUUCCAUUAAACCAUCCGUUGUUUCAUCAGUGAUUCCUUUACCUCCUCCACCGCCUGCUCUAUUUCUUGUUUCGCGGUCAUCUCCACGACCGCGACAGCAAAUAGCCAUACCACAUCGUUCUCCUUCACCAUUGUCAUCGUCAUCGGUAUCGAAGUUUGCACAAGUCAGAGAUAUUUUUGCACGCGCUGAAGCUGCUGCAGCUACCGCAUCUACUCAUUCGCAUCAGUACAACCAUCAUCAUCAUCAUCUUAUUCCAAGCAAACAUUCCAUUCAAAAUCAACCUGUUGUCCCUCCGCCUCCUCCUGCCAACUGCGUAUCACCAUUGAUUGCACAAACGCGUAGUCCUCGAUCAACAACCGUCUUGGAUGCUGUACAAGAGUACCAAAAACAACACAUCAACAAUCACCAACCAGCAUACAGACGCUUUGGCCAUUCAAGUGCUUAUAAUAACAAUCGCCCGAUUCAUUUCAAUGGAAAUAAUCAUUUGAAACCUCGAGGUAUUGCUUCAUUUAUUACUAACAAUCAGAGACCCUUUUUACAAAAAAAACAAACUCCACCGACACUUUUUCCUAAUUAUAUAUCAUCGUCGCCUAAGCCACCAGCAUUGUCAUCACAACAGCCAACCAAGCCAAUCACACGGGAAUCGUCCAUGUCCACUCAACCAAAAUACGCAUUUCAUGUCUUACUACGCAAAACCGGACAAGAUUUAUGCACCGGUCAGACAUUAUCGAAACGUCGAGUAAUCAAUGAAACGAAACAAAUUGAUUUUCGUAGUGUUCUCAAACCUCGACAUGCAUUUGCUGAUGGAAGUGAUAAUGAUUCAAUCAUCAAAUCGAACAGUGCAUUUCAUCAACAACAACCAACUUGCAAUGAGAAUCGAAUGAGAACUCAUGAUUGCUGA